CAUGUCACGUGCUUUUGCGGAUUAAUAACGGACCGGGUUUGUUGACAGCGCCCGCUAAAAUCUUAUAGAAUCCAUAAACCAGACUUGAGGAGCAAAUCGCUCUUAUUGCCAAACAUGUCGGUCGCGAAGUCGAGAUUGCUGGAAUUGAUGAAGGUAGGAACUCGCAUAUGCCACAGUUGAAGAUCUCUGGACUAAGCUCAAUUCUACAGGUCCAAUGCCGGAUCUUCUCAACUACAUUCAACCCCGACAGACUUCGAACAGGAAAUAAGAUUCUUCGACAGAGAUUAAAGGGACCAGCGUUGGCUGCAUACUACCCACGAAAAAUGGCGACAAUCAAAGAUCUGCAGAAGGCGUACGACGAAUAUGACGUUGAAACUUAUGAUGAUGAUGAAGAAGAUAGAUUUGAACACAUUACCAUGUAAGUGUAUUCCGUGCAUCUUGGAGGACUACGCACUAACAUUAAUUUAGUCUGAAAGCAAGAGGAAAGGGAGCUCCGAAGAAGAAGAGGACUGCGGAAGGUAUGUGCUAUGCUGUAGUAGGCGGGCCUUCACUAAUAAAUUGGUUCAGAUUCCAAGAAGUUCAAGGGAAAGAAGAGGUAGACGAAGGAAGGCUUCAUAUCGAAAAAUUACUAUGUACAGCAUUCUAUAAAACUGUAGCAUUACCUGGCGUUUGGGAUCAGCUCCUGGUGGAGUAUCGUGGAAAUUUGUUUGAGAUAUUACCAGGAUCUGGAAUGCAAAGAGCAAAAGCUCAGCCGAAUGAGAAAGUUUAUAACGAAGCUGCGCAUACACCUUCCAUACUACAAUAUCUAGCAGCUUGUUUAAGGGUCCCAAUACUGCUCAUGAUGCAGCUUUGGAGGGAAGUAGCUUCUUUCAUGCUUAAAGAGUGUUGGAGCCAUACCUAUUCCAAUUCAAUUCUGCCUCGUAUGGU